ACAGUUUAGGAUCGGUUUCAAAUUUGAAAAAAAAAAAAAAAUGCUGAAUGCGACUCAAGAAUAAAAUGACGGACAUCGAUCAAAUAGAUUGCUACGGUAAAGACAAUAUAGCCUUGAUCAUGUGUUCCUAUAUACUGCAGAAGUAGAUUUAGCGACCCUCCGGGGAACAGGAAAGUUAGUUGGCUCUAACUCAUAGCAACGAAGGACGCACAACAACAUAGUUGCACCAUGAUGGCAAAUGAGUCAUUGAAAGAGGUAUUUUCAGACGUCACUCUCACUGAAGAUCCGAACACUUUCAAAGAGCCCAACCGGGUGAAGUACCUUCUCACUGGAUGUGGUAACCGCGAUACGGGAACCAAGCAUUAUGAAGUGCGGGGAUCGUUUGAUGAAAUAGAGGACCUGUUUGUGAAGAUGUCAAUUCUAGACAGAUAUGCCGCCCCCAAUCUCAGAGACAGUCUUCUUCGUCACCAACAGCGUCCUCGGUCACCACCGAGUCCAGUGAAACCAGUGGCGAUAGUUGGAGCCGUUUGGGAUUUCAUCCAACAGAGAUGUUCAAAGGAGUUGAAGAGAAUCCAGGGGGAAGACGUCUUAAUUCAUAAACCUCGUGACAAAAUGGUGGUGACCUUUCAAAGUCACAGAAAAGACUCGGUUUGGGUUCAUUUCGCCAGAGAGCGCUUUGUCACGUUCUAUCAGAGACUCGCCACAGAUCUGAAAGUGCAGACUUACAGUUUGGCUCCGCAAUACUACAAAAACUUGCAGGGACAGUUUCCAGAACUUUUGAUUGAAGGAGGCCCCAGUAAAGACAAUAUUACAGUGACAGGGCGCUACAUGCACAUUGUGAUGUUGGAGGAUGUUCUACGGUUCCAUGGUUCCAGUUCCCCUGUGACAUCACAACGACCCCUGACACCCCAGAGAGUUAGCCCCCGAGCCUCUGGUACUACACGCAACAAGCAAUCGGACGACGAAGAAGACGAAGAGUCGUGUCCGAUUUGUCUGGAAACCAUUAAAGAGGACAGAAAGAAGACGUUGGCAUGUAAACACUCGUUCUGUAGAGGCUGUCUGGAGGAGGCGUACAACACCAAACCUGUCUGUCCAACCUGUGGGGCAGUCUAUGGGGAACUGAAGGGGACGCAGCCAAAGGGAGGGACUAUGGCUGUUACUCGGGAAAGAUCUUCUUUGUCUGGAUAUGACAAGUAUGGAACAAUAGUGAUUCAGUACCACAUUCCAAGUGGAAUACAGAAGGAGGAGCAUCCCAACCCGGGUCAGAAUUACCAGGGUGUGUCACGUACAGCGUAUCUCCCAGAUUCCUCAGAGGGCAGGUAUGUUCUGGCUCUCCUGAAGAGGGCCUUUGACCAGCGACUCACGUUCACCAUUGGCCGAUCUUCCACCACAGGCAUGGAAAACAGAGUCACGUGGAACGACAUCCACCAUAAAACCUCCAGGAGAGGAGGCACCAGUUGCUAUGGAUACCCUGACCCCGACUACCUGAGACGUCUACAGGAUGAACUGAAGGUCAAAGGAAUCUAUUGACAUGUCAUCUGCAUGUCUCGCAACUACCGGUAUGCAAGAAUGAAGAAAGAGAGGUCACUAAUACAUGUGGUACACACACACAGCUGCUUCAGGUUACCUCUUGUGAAAUUAAGAUGGUUUUCUUGUUGGGGAAACGUAACAAAAUAAUGUCACUAAAACAGAAGGGGUACUUAACAGUUCUGAUAAUCAGAACAUAACAGGUUUUG